GCGCGUUACUGAGAUGCAGGCAGUGGUCGAGCAUCCGAAUUAUGCUCGCAAACUUGAAGGAUGUAAAUCAUAAUUUUCCCCGAUUUUUUGCGAUGUUAAAUGUUUUGACUCGCCAAUUAUCAUUUUUGUUUCUUCGAAAAAGUAGAUUUUCCUUUUCUUAGAAGGCUCUAUAGAAGUAGAGUUUUCUGUAUAUUUCGAAUCCGGUACACAUCUACCAGCGUGUACGGCGAUUUCGUUGCUUUUUUGUUUUCGGUAUACGUGAUUGAAAUUCUGCAAUGGACAAAGAGGACGACGUUUUUACACGCGAGUUUGAACUGGAAAGUCGAAACGUUACGUUGACAUUGUAUCAAAAAGAAGUUGGCGACGUUAGUUGUGUCGUGUGGGAUGCUUCGUUAGUUUUGGCAAAAUAUCUUGACGUAUUAUGCAGUGAAAACAGACUAGGAAAAAAUUGGCUUGCUGGUAAGAAAGUACUUGAAUUAGGCGCGGGUCUUGGCUGCGUUGGAAUGACCGCUGCAUGUCUUGGGGCUGAAGUUGUUCUCACAGACCUUGCCAAUGUACUGCCAGCGCUGAAUAAGAAUAUUGAAAUGAACAAAGAUCUGUGGAAACAGUCUGGUGGAUCUGCUCGAGCUGAAGAACUUGAUUGGAGUAAACAUGCUGAAAUAGAUUUUAAGCCUGAAAUCAUCUUACUGGCAGAUUGCGUGUAUUACACAGAGUCAAUAGAACCACUUCUUGAUACGCUAGAGAGACUAUGUGGAGCUAGAAAUGACACGUACGCAUUACUCUCACAGGAAGAGAGAGACACACCAAAUCAGAAACCAGUUUGGAGCCAAUUUGUUGAAGCGAUUAAGAAGAGGUUUAAAAUUACUCCAGUAAUGUUGUCAGAACAACACCCCACCUACUCUAGUCAUGACAUACGUGUGCUUAAACUGACGCUACCGUCAAAGGACAAAAAAGAAACUCAGUAAUCAAGUAAAGGUAGCUGAUGUCAAUAUGAGAAUUACAGGUGGUAAUUUUCUGUUUCAUGCAAAGAAAUCUCUAUGAUUUUUUAUUUUUUUUAAUGCGACUUAGCGGGCAUAAAUUUUAUGGUAUGAUGAAAUAUGCACAAAUAUAAUGAAUUGGAACGGAUAGGGAAAUAAUAAACUCUCUAAUAAUUGGAGAAAGGAAAUAAACAUUAAUUUAUUUCUCACAUGUGUUCGUAAAUUGAAUGCUUGGUAAUGAAAAAUCACCACAUAGAAGUCAUGGUAAUUCACUCGGAUUUAUGGAUAUUUUCAACAUAAAGUAACUAUCUCAAACUUAUAAUAAUGUAAUGUACAUAUCUAUUUCAGAGCUUUGGAUUAUUAACAUAUUUGUAUGACUGCAUAUUGACGUGGUUUGUGGCUAAAAUCUCCAAGAUUCAUAGAAUCUGAUUGUGUUGUCUCAAAAGUUUCAUAACAUGAUUGGUUACCUAUGUGGUGUUUCAAGGAUAAUGGUCAUACUUUUGAAAUAUCUUUAAAUCUCAGGAAUAUUUUUUACAAGUUACAUAUGGCUCUAGUUACUCUUCGGUGUUGGUUAAAAAAUUUGAAUAUUUCUCCAAUUCUAGAUGGUUCACAUCUGAACUUAGGGAAUUCAAUCUCACCAACAGUGUAAAACAUAAUCGCUUAUGCCUGAAUGG